GUAACGAACGGGCCCACUGUGUCCUGACGUGUUGUUGUCUCUCCGCUGCCUCUCCAGGGCCCGACUACAUCAAGCAGCAGGGCAUGGAACCCCCCGUGGAGAUAAAGGAAGUACCGGUCGAAACCAAGGAAAAGAAAGAUUCCCCCCACUUCUACCGCAAGGGCACCACCCCCCCCCACUCCCCGGUGGUCAGCCCGGGGGGGCAGCGGCCCGCCCCUCGCCCCACAGCAAGAAGAAAGGCCACCAGCUGGCCACAGCACCGGCCACAGGAGCAGCAAGGAAGAGAAAACAUCCCGUAAGCCCAGCAAGGAAGAGAAGCCAAGUCGCAAGAUUAGCAAGGAUGAACGCCCCAGCAAGAAGUCAAGUAGAGAGGAGCGGCCGUCUGUCGCCGACCCGCCCAGAGCUCCGCCCCCGGCCCCCGCCCUGGCUCCUCCCCCUCCGCGGACAGGAGCAGGCCCCGCCCAAGCCCCCCAAGGCCCCGGAGCCCCCAGGCCCCGGGCCCCCGGCCGCCACCCCCACCCCCGGGGCCCCGGUCAACGGGCAGCUCCACACCGAGUACCACAGCUACUACGUCAAGCCCCCCACGCGGGCCCUGCCCCCCCCGGAGCGCGAGGAGGACUACGAGGAGGAGCCCAUCGAGCUGGCCCUGGCGCGCAUGCCCCCGCGCCCCAAGUCCUCCGGCGGGCCCCCCGCCCCCCGCCGCCCUCCCAGAUGGGGAGCAAGGGCGACGGCAAACUCAGGAAGCAGGAUUCCCUCAAACCAAAAAGCCUUGCGGACGCUAAGAAAGCCAGCGUGGAGAUCGCGGACGCGCUGACGGAGGAGAGCGGUCCCAACUCCAUCCUUGUUGCCAUGGUGAUGCUGUUGAACAUCGGGCUGGCGAUAGUAUUUGUCCAUUUCUGACAUGAUGAUGCGUACCUCAGCAAAACCAUGAAGACCGGGCAAGAUGCAUCGCACGCCUUUGAAAACUCGGAAACCGACGGCAGCAAGUCGGACUCUGGCCGCCAAAGGCACCUAGGACUCAGUGAGGAACGCUGGAGAACGAAAUACAAGGAGAAAGCCAUCUCUACACCCCCCUGUCAUGCCCCCCCCCCCCCCCCCCCCCCCCCACAGUGAUUUAGCCCUCCUUCGGGCCGGAUGAAGACGAGCUGAAGGGAGAAACAGAACAGAUAGAUAGAGAGCCAGGGAUAUGUACAGUAGACGCAAUCCUACAAAUGCCGUCAGGAAGAAAAAAAAAGCAAAGGUAAUUGAAGCCCUCAGAGUGUGCUGACCAAAGCACCGGUCUGGGCAUCAGGCCCCCCCCCCGGCCCCUGGCCCGCCCGGGGCCCCCACUCUCCCACUGCCCUGGCACAGAGAGCGCUGGGCGGGGCCCAAACUUUUUUCGCUGGAGAAGUGUGUGCGCGCGGAGAUGCACUUUCGCAUGACAGGAGUGAACAGCUGCCUUUCUAUUUUGCCAUCUGACGUUUUGAUUGGGGGUGAGGUCGGGGAGGGGGGAGGGUUGGGAGGGGGGGGGGGGGGGGGGGGGGUGGCGUUGCUGUCACAGCGCUCCGGCGCUCCGAGUCUCGCCACAGGAAACUGGACACGGCCGAGCGCGGCUAGCGGCAGAGAGGUGCUAGCGCGAUCGCUGGCCUGUCUUACUGUGUCUGUGUGUGUGUGUGUGUGUGUGUGUGUGUGUGUGUGUGUGUGUGUGCGUGUGCGUGUGUGUGUGUGUGUGUGUGUGUGUCUGUGUGUGUGCUUGUUUGCGCGUGUGACUGUGUGUGUGUGUUUGUGUGACCCUACUAUGUUGUUUGUGCUUCUUUAAAUUCACUGCCGCUUUCUUCCACCUCUCCCCCCCACCCCCUCCUGUAACCCAGGAUGGUACAGUCCGGCCCCGCCUCCUCACACAGCAGUUUGGUUUUCGGGUGCGCUGUCAGUUUGUCUCGUCUGUUUUGGUUUGUUUAUAAAAAAACAUGUCUGUGUAAUUUAUGGAGAGGCUUAUUCUUUCAUUGUUGUUCGCUGAACGUUGGUUAUCUGCAGGAAUUGACGUGUGGAUGAAAAGGUAAAAAAGGUCAAUAAUCGACAAUGAUUAAUAAAUUAGUUUGUUUUUCCUGUUUGGUAAAACGGGAAUAACUGAUUUAUUUAAUUUCUAGAAUAUGGGUGUAGGCCUAAGUCAAUAGUUGCAUAUUAAUAUUUAAAAAGUGCAAUAUGUUUUAUUUUUUUAAGGUUUAUCGUAUACAACGCCAAAUGGCAGUUUGUUGUACAUUGUAUAAAAAAAUAUUAUGUCUCAUUUAUUUUUUAAUACUGCAUUCAAAGAGCGUGAUUGUAAUUUACUUGAUGUGGAUAAAGAGCGUUGAUUGACAGCUGGUGUUGAGAUCAGGGGUUGAAACCUACUAUCAGCCCGGCUAGCUCUGCCAAAA